UGUUAUUUAUGAAGUCCCAAAUCCAUUUCAUUCCCAACCAACCCCUCCCUCUUUCCCUCCCUUUAUCUUUCCUCUCUCCGAGCGCUCUACCAGAUUGAUAAUAAUGCAGGCUGCUGCCGCAGGUCCGUUGAUCUCGCUCUCCCCCAGCUUCAACACCCACUCUUCCUCCGACAGACUAGCCCAGAUCGCCGCCCGAGUCGUCGACGAGUUCUCCCACCAAGACCACCAACUCACCGACGAGUCCGACUGGGAAACUCUAUACGAUCACAAGGAAGAAGAGGAGGAGUUUGAGUUUUCUUUUGUCAGCAGCGGAGGACAGCCGCACACGUCGCCCGUCUCAGCCGACGAGAUUUUCUCCAACGGUCAAAUCAAACCCACCGCCUACCCUCUCUUCAACCAAGGCUUAUUAUUACCUCACAACGACGUCGUUGCGUCUAAAAAUGCUAACGGGAAUGUGGAUGACGCCGUUAAGAAGCCGAAACAACGUCGUCCGCCGCUCAGAAUGCUCAUGAACGAAGACGAGCGCGAAACGCCGUCGUGCUCGUCAUCCGAGGCCGACGACCUCGAGAACCUGCCAACUGACACUUACUGCGUGUGGGCCCCCCCGAAACCGUCGCCUGGGCAGCGCGGCUGCAAUAAGAGCAGCUCCGCCGGUUCUUCCUCGAAGCGGUGGAAGUUUAGGAACCUUCUUUACCGGAGCAGCAGCGAAGGCAAGGACACUUUCGCCUUUUUGGCUCCCUCGUCGACCAAGACAGCCGAAAACAACAAGGGAGAUAACGUCACGCGGAAAAGAGUCGACGGCGCCGGCGGCGUGUCGGAGAAUGGAGAGCGUUAUGUCGUAAGGAGCAAGACCGCGGAGGAAGGGGAUAAACGACGGUCGUUUCUGCCGUACAGGCAGGAAUUUGUGGGGUUUUUCUCGAAUGUGAAUGGGCUUAGCAGGAAUUUGCAUCCAUUUUGAGUGGUCAAGUAAUUGAAAAUUAUUUAAUUUCCCCUUA